CUGUAAUACAUUGUUGCCUAUGGGAGAGACACCCCGUUAAGCAGACCGGAACUGACAGUUUUUUAAUGUUAAACGGACUGAGUGGGACAUCUUUAUUUAUCCAUCAUCUUUGACUAUAACGUUGUAUCACGUGGAAGAGCGUUUACCUGGUCACAUGGUCAGAUCAUAGUGCCGCGAGACGAUUCAAUGUCGAGCUGAAUUGAGCUGCGGUUGUUGAGGAGAUACGACCGUGACAAAUUAGGGAUACCGGCUGGCAAAUGACUGUCUGCAAACGUGUGAUCCACAGGUAGACACCAUGAACUACGUGGGCCAGCUGGCAGGCCAGGUGCUGGUGACUGUGAAGGAGCUGUAUAAGGGCAUCAAUCAGGCCACGCUUUCCGGCUGCAUCGACGUGGUGGUGGUCAGACAGCCUGACGGGACCUUCCACUGCUCCCCCUUCCAUGUACGCUUCGGGAAACUUGGCGUGCUGCGCUCCAAGGAGAAAGUGAUUGACAUUGAGAUCAAUGGAGAACCAGUGGAGCUGCACAUGAAGCUGGGGGACAACGGAGAGGCCUUCUUUGUUCAGGAAACGGAGCAGCAUAAUGAGAUCGUCCCUGCCCACCUUGUGACUUCGCCCAUCCCGACAGAGGAGGCUCUGUGGAGGGGCAGAGAGUCUAGAGCUGGAGGGUCGGGUCUGGAGGGUGGGCUGCAGCCCCCUCAGGGGUGCUCAGAGGACCCAGCCUCCUCCUCUGCCACCCUCCUCCCCCCCAGCACCACAGCAGGGAAAAAGAAGAAGAGACGCAGGAGGAAGCACAAAGCAGAUCCCCGGAAGGAGGAGCAACAGACCCCUACUGCUUGUGGGGAGGAGGUCUGUGAGCUGAGCUCAGACGAUGAGCACGGUGGCACACACAACAACAGCAGGGCCUCUUCGUUCUCUACAGUGAAGGACACAGUGGAAAACAGGCAGCACCCCACCCUCCACUCUCUGGACAGAUAUCCUUUCUCUGAUGGAGACUGGUCUACCGGCGGCAGCCUCAGCAGAUCCUCGAGAUCCCUGUCCGAGCCCAUGUCUCCAAAGAGCGACUCUGAGCUGAUGGUGAAGUCAUCAGAGAGCAUGCUCAGAGCAGAGUCGCACAUGCAGUGGUCCUGGGGAGAGUUCCCAGAAUCCACCAGGGUCUGUAAGAAAGAGCGCUCGGAGCUGACUAAGACUGUAACUAUAACUCCAUCAGAGAGCACCCACUUCAGGGUCAUCUUCAGCUCUGAGGCCAUGGGGGUGGAGGCAGGGGGCAUCCACAACACUCUGGACCCUGUGUGUGGACCUGCCAUCGUCAAACCAGAACCCCGGACUCCCAAACAAAGUGCCCUCCAUAGCUCCAAACACCACCCACCUGACUCUCUAUCUGAAACCCAUUGUCCCCCCCAACCUGAACAGUGUCCCCUCAAACUAGAGCCAGGUGCUCUCACAGCAGAGCCCUAUCCCAACCCCACCCCCCUUCUGCCCAAGCCUGAGCGUAGGGCUCGUUGGACCUCCACUCCCCCCAGUGUGCUUGGUUCCAGCCGGAGGGACAGUGGCUCUGCUGCCUGUGGGGCCAGCCGCAUGGCUGGGGACCUGGGGCCCAUUGGCUCCAAGACUGACUCCCCGUCCAAGAGGAGAGGUGUGAGAAAGAGGAGUCAACACCAGGGUCCUGAGGAUAUUUACCUGGAUGACCUGAAUGCUAUGGAGCCUGAUAUUGUUGCACGCUACUUAGGUCCCAAGAGUGAGUCCGAGGUGGUCCCUAAGCACUGGGUAGAGGUGGGCCGGCGCGAUGGGUCCCAGUCUCCCCAGUCUGUGGGCAGUGCAGCGGCCGACAGCGGGACCGAUUGUCUGUCUGACUCGGCUGGGGAUCUACCAGAUGUCACCCUGUCUCUCUGUGGAGGGGUCGGAGAGAACUCUGAAAUCUCCAAAGAGAAAUUCAUGGAGCACAUCAUCACAUAUCACGAAUUUGCUGAAAAUCCAGCAAUUAUUGACAAUCCCAAUUUGGUGGUUAGAAUUUCAAACCGAUAUUACAACUGGACAUUGGCAGCUCCGUUGAUACUGAGUAUGCAAGCUUUCCAGAAGAACCUGCCCAAGGCCACAGAAGAGGCGUGGGUGAAGGAAAAGAUGCCUAAGAAGUCUGGCCGCUGGUGGUUCUGGAGGAAGAGCAGCGUCAAACAGUCUUCAGAGGCCAAGCUGGACAGACAGGAGUCCCUGUCAGAGACACACAGAGACACAGAGAGCCCUGUACUUGAUCAACAAAGUCCAGCAGUCCCACAGCAGAAAGCAGCAGCAGACUCCUCCAGUGAUGAAGAAUCUAAAGAGCUGAAUGCACUGGCACCUACUGAGCGUGUGCAGACAGAGAUUUCAGCACCAACCGGAUCACACUCCUACAAGAAGUCUCUCCGCCUCUCAUCUGACCAGAUAGUGAGUCUGAAACUGAGGGAGGGGCCUAAUGACGUCACCUUCAGCAUCACCACUCAGUACCAGGGCACGUGUCGCUGCGAGGGCACCAUUUACCUGUGGAACUGGGAUGACAAAGUCAUUAUCUCCGACAUCGACGGCACCAUCACCAAGUCAGAUGUGUUUGGCCAAAUCCUCCCUCAGCUUGGAAAAGACUGGACUCAUCAAGGCAUCGCUAAGCUCUACCACUCAGUGCAUGAGAAUGGCUACAAGUUCCUGUACUGUUCGGCGCGGGCCAUCGGCAUGGCCGACAUGACCAGAGGGUACCUGCACUGGGUGAACGACCGGGGUACCAUCCUGCCUCAAGGACCCCUCAUGCUCUCCCCUAGCAGCCUCUUCUCUGCCUUUCAUAGGGAGGUAAUUGAAAAGAAGCCAGAGAAGUUCAAGAUUGAAUGCCUCACAGACAUCAAGAACCUCUUCUACCCAAACACACAUCCCUUCUAUGCAGCCUUUGGAAACCGAACAAAUGUAAGCUUUGUUUUAUCUUGUAAUUAUAUACCUAAUUUUGAAUAUCAGAAUAGGGAGACUGUUAAGAUGACUCUUCCAUUUUUGGCUCAGGAUGUGUUUGCCUAUAAGCAAGUGGGUGUCCCUGUGUGUCGGAUAUUCACAGUCAAUCCCAAAGGAGAGCUCAUCCUAGAGCAAUCAAAAGGCAAUAAAACAUCGUACGGCCGACUGAGUGAACUGGUAGAGCACGUUUUUCCUUUACGCAGUAAGGAGCAGAGCGCCACCUUCAGUUUCCCAGAAUUCAGUUCUUUCUGCUUCUGGAGACAGCCAAUCGCUGAAGUCUGUCUUGAGGAGCUGCUCUGAGACAACCAAUCGCUGAAGUCUGUCUUCAGGAGCUGCCCUGAUUCUGAUUGGACAAUUCCCACAGCUGUGGUAUUAUUUUCAUGUAUUAAGGUAGUAAUUAACAGACACUUUGGUACGGUAGAUAAACUUUGUUUUUUGGAUGGAAAAAAAAAUCACUUGAAAUCAACCUCAAAUCAGCAUAGGCAAUAUUGUGUGUUGCGUAAUAAUUUCAUGGCUCUUUCCGUGAUUGCUUGCACUUCCUUAAUAUCAGCUUUGAUGACUGUAUACUAUGCGUCUACUGAUGCUGAUGCUUACUCAAUUGUUUAGUGCUCCCCAGGUACAAAAGCACUCGUUGUGAAGAUAUCAAUAAGAACUGCCUCACAUAAUACACGUAGGCAUACAUUCUAACAGACUGUACAGCCUUACAAUGUGAAGAGAAAGAAGGCCAGCUUAGUUGUAAGGUCAGUUGAUUAUUUGGCUUGAGUGUUAAUGCUGACUUUUCACUUCUCAUUUGGUUCAGUCUGCUUAUAAUUAUAACAGUUAUGUUGUUGCAAUAUGGUUAGAUGUUAAUUUGGAGAAUCACGCUGCUUGGAAAGGCCUUAACUUAUACAGUGCAUGCUAAGCUUUAACUGAGAUUGUUCUCUGAGCUGCCAGUGGAACUGGCACAAGUCUUAAUUGGUAGAGAUGUAAUAUAUCUGAGCUGGCUCAAUGUUUAAGACAUACAGACAGGUAGCUGUAGUCAGGUUAAAGGUGAAGGGAAGCACUUUCUAAAGUGUAGAUGUUGCUCACACACACAGCACGGGAGAUUUUGGAUGGAGAUGGACUAAUUUGCACUGAAAGCACAAUUACAGUAUUAUGUUGAAACUUUUAGCUGACAUUUUAUGGGUUACCUUUACAAUGUUUAUGAAAUGAAUUCUUCUUCAUUGGAUAUAUUUCUGUUAUAGCUUGGGUUAGUCUUGUAUAUUUGGAACUAAUAUUUAGGUUUAGUUUGGCAUCCUCGUUUGGCUGUUGUAUGUGAUGGUGUUGCAGAGUUCCUCGGUAAAGAUGUCAUUCUUUCUAUGAAAGAGCUAUUGUGUGUGUGUGUGUGGAAGAGUUAUACACAUCCUAACGCUCUGGUAUUUGUAGUUCUUUUCAGCAGCUGCUUGGAUCGUGAUCAGUGUAUCUGUUAAGAGAUUCAUUUCCCACUUCUCACUCUUUCCAAUCUCAAAAUGCCUUUUUGCGUGUGUCACCGUGUACAUUGAAGUGUGUGUUUUGGGAUACGAAUGGUUACCACAAGAAUAAAUACAUUUGAAGAUUCCA